GCGAUAUGUGCGUCCGCAUUUUGACUGCGCCAAACUCUGUGUUUUGCGUGGAUCUCUGCAAUGACUGUCGGAGGCUGGUUGACCGGAAGAGCGGAAUCCUCUUUGCUUCGCGCGUACGUGGAGUCAUCUGGAUGUGCGUUCACGUCCACGGCAGGCACGACGGGACUUUCUAAUCAGUCGAAUAGCAAUUGCAAAGCGUGCCACAGGGACACACUGCUCUCAGUUCGUCUUAGUAAACCAACGCGCGCUGCCGACAUGGUGCGUGCUUUAAGCUCAUCCCUCAGCGCCGUGUGCUCGUCUGUAGUCAGGAGGAUGCGGUCUUACUGCGAACAUCCUAAGAGACUGCAAGUCCCUAGUUCCAGAACAGUGCCAGAAGAGGAUCAGCAGCAUCGGCGGCGGUCAUCAUCCUACUGCCAAAGACGCCAGUACCCACAGCGACAACACCAGCAAAAGCGGCGCGAAUGUGAAGCCGGCGCCAAAGUACCGACGUGCGUCGACUGCGCUGUCGGCCCGAAGUGGUGUUGGACCGCGUGGAUGCCCGCGUUGUGUGCCGGGAUCGUGGCUGUGCUGUGUUACAUGAACUCGCUGGAUGGUGAUUUCGUGCACGACGAUAUGGUGGCGGUGGUGGGUAAUCCCGACGUCACUGGCGAUAGUAGGCCACAAGCGUCCUCGUCUUCGUCGUCGCUUUGGAUAAACGAUUUUUGGGGGCGACCGAUGGCGGAUCCUCGCAGCCAUAAGUCGUACCGGCCCCUCACAGUGUUAAGUUUCAGGGCCAACUACUACGCAAACGGGCGCCAGGUGCGUGGCUACCACAUUGUCAACGUAGCCCUGCACUGCGCAUGCUCCGUGCUGGUGGCUAUAGUCGCACGACGCGUGAUGAGGAUCACUGCUCUCCACGCGUGCCUGGCUGCGACGCUGUUCGCGGCUCAUCCAGUGCAUACUGAGGCUGUGUCGAGUAUAGUGGGCCGGGCCGAAGUUCUGUGCUGCCUCUUCUUUCUACUGUCUUUCCUCUGCUACCACAGCUACCAAAGUUCCAGUGAUGGCGAAGGACGUCAUGGAAGGACAAAGUGGCUGGCAACCUGCGGUAUACUGUCUGUGUGUGCGCUGCUCUCCAAGGAACAGGGCAUCACCGUACUGCCACUGUGCAUGGCUCUCAGGAUACACACGCUAGUUGUCGAUUGUGCGCGCCCGGAGCUACAAACGCCGUUACAUAAAGCCCACCGUCGAAGAUGGCCAGUCUACAGCCACUGCAUACGAGACGUUGUCUACCGAUUCAUCUCGGAUAGCGAUGUUAUCGUCCUCGCGUCAUUGACGACAUUGCUCUUAUGCUUCAGGCUAUGGAUAUUACAGGGAAGCUUCCCCGAGUUUUCCGAGAUGGAUAACCCAGCGUCCUUCUCGUCGAUGCGCACGACCAGGCUGCUGACGUACAGCUACCUAUGCGCCUUCAACGCCUGGCUGGUGCUUUGUCCACGUACUCUGUCAUACGAUUGGCAGAUGGGCAGUAUACCUCUAGUGACGUCACCACUCGACACCAGGAAUCUGGCCACACUGGCGAUAUUCGCCUCGCUAUUAGCUCUCGCCUGGCGGGCUUUGACCCCCUCAAACACGAAACGGAGCAAUGCCGAUGGAGCAAGAGAGCAGUUCUGUUACUACAACAACGUCGAGCGACCGGGCGAGCCUUCAUGGGGACUACUAGUGCCACUGCUGCUGACCGCGCUGCCUUUCCUGCCGGCAUCCAAUCUCUUCGUCACCGUCGGCUUUGUUGUAGCGGAAAGAGUUCUCUACAUUCCCAGCAUCGGUGUGACUCUGCUUGUAGCCGAAGGAUUGCACCGCCUGCACACGCGGUGCUCUCCAGCGCUUCGGUGGUGCACUACGAGCCUCUGCUUCAUUCUAGUGCUGCUCUUUGCUGCACGCACCUGGAAUCGGAACGCUGCCUGGGCGUCCAGAGAAGCCCUAUUCGAAUCGGGCAUUAGGGACCUUCCAGGAAACGCAAAGAUGCACUACAACUACGCCAAUCUGCAGAAGGACAUCGGUAACACUGACCUGGCCAUUAAACACUACAGGCUAGCUAUCGAGUUGUGGCCAGAGCACGCCAGCGCGCACAAUAACUUGGGCACUGUUCUGACGUCAGCAGAAGAAUCGGAACAACACUUCCGGUACGCCUUGCAUGUCAAUCCGAGCCACCCAGGGGCUCACUUCAACCUCGCUAAUAUCUACAGCAAACGAGGACAAAAAGAGGUGGCUAAGACCCUGCUCGAGCGCGCGGUGGAGCUGGAGCCCGAUUUCUGCGAGGCGUACUCUUCACUUGCUGCACUCGCCGCCGAAAAGGGAGACCUUACCGAGGCCGAGAGGCUGCACCGGAUGGCGUUAAGCAGCGACGACCGAAAUGCGGACGCCCGGAACAACUACGGGACAUUCCUUCAGUCACACGGCCGCAGUGAAGAGGCCGUGGCACAGUACCAACAAGCUUUACACCUUCAGCAAAACCACACUGUGGCACUCCUUAACGCAGCUAGAAGCCUUCGCAGCAUGAACCUCAACAUGCAAGCCGAGAGCCUCUACAAGAGGGCCCUUGCUGUUGAGCCAGAUCCUCAGGUGAUGGACAACCUCGCCCUUUUCUACGUCAAUGCUGGUCGCCUGGACGAAGCAAGGCAGCUAUUUGAAGAAAUCGAUCGGCUUUUCCCCGAGAACCGCGACAACAAGGUUCACCAUGCUCAGCUUCUUAUUCGGCUUCGAAGUUUUCGAGCGGCUGAGGACCUCCUUCUGGAUGUCAUUGAACACAACAGCACCGACAGAGGAGCCCUGCACACUGCUGCGCUAUUGUACAACCACAUCAACCGCACCGUCGAGGCACUGGACUACAUACUGAAAGCUCUGAAACUGUGCGGUGUUGAUGACGUGCUUUGUGCAAGAAUACACAGCGAUCAUGGUGACAUACUCAAGGACUUAGGCGACAUCACCUCGUCGGCACAGAGUUAUGAAGUCGCCAUUCGCCUGGAUCCUGACCUUGCUCAUGCUCAUCUGAACCUUGCCGUGAUCAGGCACUUAGAGAGUGACUACCCAACUGCAUUUCGGCACUACCAAACGGCCUUGUCACUCGACCCAAAGAACAAGCUCAUCCUAGACAACAUGGCCAAGUUGAGGCGGCGAAUGACUAGGCCUUUCCACGACUGCGUCUAACGCUGGACUGCGCUUACUGCUGACGCUUCGUCGAAAUGCAUUUAUGGUGCCGCAUUUCUUGCGUAGAGAGAUUCGUCUUGCCGCGGCACCUUUUGGACUGGAUUCACAGUGUACCGCGUUCUACGUUUCGCAGACGUUGCCAGCGUGAGUGUGGACAUUCCGGUUAAUUCAGUCGCAACGUAGAAUGACUCUUUGUGGACUUAUCAUUAGAAGUUCAAAUGUUCUUGGUGUAUGUGUUACAUAAACUGUGCAUCGGAGCAUCCCGUCCCAUUCCGAAGUGCUGAUAACGUCACCUCCAAAUGUACCGUGAACCUUGCUGUUCUUGGUGGAAACGCUGAGAGCUAUCUAAAUGUGUUUCACAGGAAUCGUGUAACUCUGUCUGCUU